AGUGGGUCAUGUGAUCAAUUGAUUGGGCUUAAUCCCGUUCAAGAUGGCUGCGAGCUUGCAGUCAAUGGUACAAUAUUGGAGAGAGUUUGAUUUACAGGAACUACAGAAAGAACUAGACACGACAGCAACAGAACUAGCUAACAGACAAGAUGAAAGUGACGCCUCACGUAAAAGAUUAGUAGAUCAGAGUAGAGAAUUCAAGAAAAACACACCUGAGGAUGUUCGUAAAUUAGUUGCACCAUUAUUAAAAAGUUUCCAAGGAGAAGUAGAUUUUUUAUCAAAGAGAAGUAAAGCAGCUGAAGCAGCCUUCUUGUCCAUUUAUAAGAAACUUAUUGAUUUACCAGAUCCUGUUUCUGUGCUGGAGUAUGCUACAACGAUACAAAAGAAAGCUCAGCGAGUCGUAGAUUUAGAAAUAGAAAACAAACAAUUGCGAGAUACACUUGAUGAAUAUAACCAUGAAUUUGCAGAGGUGAAAAACCAAGAAGUGACAAUCAAACAAUUAAGAGAUAAACUAAAAGACUGUGAAGAAAAGAUAGAAGCAACUGCUGAGGCACGGACGAAAGAAAAGGAGAAGGAAUUACAAAGACUUUUUGCAGAUAAAGAGAGAUAUUUGCAAGAAACACAGUUAGCCGUUGCAAAAAAACUCGGAGAAGCUGAACAGCGAGUGACAACCCUUCAUGCAGCACUUGAAAAUGUCCAAUCUGAGUUGUUUGAGGUCAAGGCCAAGUAUGACGAGGCUACCAGUGCCAAGUCUGAUGAAAUGGAGAUGGUGAUGUCUGAGCUUGAACGUGCUAAUGAGAGAGCAGCUGGAUCAGAAAGACAAACAGAACAGUUAAGGCAACAGUUGGUAACAGUAAACCAGAGUCAGAGAGAAGGAGACACUACACAGAAAUCUGCAGACAUGGAAAAGGCAAUAGAUAUGUUACAGAGAUCUGGUUUGGAGGUAGAAUUGGCAGCCAAGGAGAAAGAGAUUUCUCAACUUGUUGAUGAUGUGCAGAGAUUGCAAGCAUCACUAAAUAAAAUGAGGGAGACCACAGCAUCACAGGUGGCUCACUUGGAGGAAGAACUCACUGUGAAAAAUCAGGCUUUCAAAUAUUUGGAAGAAAAAAUCAAAACUCAACAGGAUUAUGAAGAAAUUAAAAGAGAACUCAAUGUUGUAAAGUCCAUGGAGUUUGGUGGCAGUGGUGACCAGGAUGCUAAGUCAAAGUCAUUAGAGACGUUAUUAUUAGAGAAGAACAGAGCAUUGCAGUCGGAGAAUACCACAUUGAAAGUCUCCAACAGUGAAAUAUCAGGAGAUUCCUCAACUCCGGCCCUUUCCGAAAACACGGAAGCCUUCGCGACCAUGCUUGGAGAAGAAAUAGCAGCUACAUAUCAAGGGGAACAGCGAGAGGAGCAAAAAUCUCCAGACAUUAGACCUGAGUCACCUGAAAGCCCCCCCUCACCCGUCAGUAGUAAAGACACCACUGAAGCAGAGUCGGAAGAGAAAUCGUCACCGAGACCACCAAUGGAAACACAGUCAAGUGUAUCAACCAACGAAGCUUUACAUAUGCCUCCAUUUCCAUCACCCUUUUAUCAAUUUGCCAAUAGCCAUUUUAUGGCAAACUUUAUGGGUAUGAAUCUUGGUGCCAUCAAGGUCGACCCAAAUAAUUCUCAAGGAUUAGAUACGGUUCUUGUAGCUAAAACUGUGCGUGAACUUUUAAGUAUCCAUAAUAUUGGACAGAGACUUUUUGCUAAGCAUGUCCUAGGAUUAUCUCAAGGAACUGUUAGUGAAUUAUUAUCAAAGCCAAAGUCGUGGGAUAAACUGACCGAAAAGGGGAGAGAAUCCUACAGAAAAAUGUACGCUUGGGCAACAGACGAAAGGAAUAUUGUGGCUCUAAAAGCCAUAUCACCUAAAAAAGUAAACAGGGCAGUCAGCAUACCAGGGUCGAAUAGCACUUAUCCUCCAAUGAGCAUACCAGGGGCGAAUAACUCCUAUCCUCCCGUACUCUUCACAGGUUCCCAGCCACUGGUAUCCAGUGUACAGAGAGAAGAUGCUCACACUGAAGAAAGAAUUGCUCAAAUUCUGAACGAGGCACAACAGGCCAUGCAGAUAAAGAAAGCCAUGGAACAGGUACCAGUUUCGGCAUAUCAACAUCAACAAGUUGCUCAUGCAAUGGUCAGCAGUAUAUAUAAACAAGAAAUGUCAAGGUUAGCCAUGAUGUCUGGCCACCAUCAUCCUCUGGCCUCACCGACGGGUACACCUUACAGCCAGUCAGACUCCAAUCUCAGCCCUACUGGUCGCAGGGACAGUGAGAGUAGCCUUAGAAAUAACAUUAAUGGUAAUGGCAGAGACUCUAGAGAAAUGGUUGAGAGAAUUUAUCGGCAAGAAUUAAUGAAGUUAGCCCAAGCGGCAGAAAAUGCAGGAAAUAUGGCAGCAAGUUCAAUGUAUCAGAGAGAACUUCAACAAAUGGCGAGAAAAGUUCACAUCCAAGAACAAACAGAGCCUGGAGAGAUUAGACGAUCACGAUCUUCUCCUGACAGGAAUUCCGAUAGGAAUUCAAUUAAAAUGGAGCCCCCAGAUAGUACAGUUGAAGAUACAUUGAAUUUAUCCAUAAAUAACAACAAUGGCCCAAUCGACUUGAGUAAGCAUGGCAGCUCAGCCCCUACAACACCAACAUCGGGAGGUUCAGACAAAUCACCAUCAACAGAAACUGCUCAUCAAUCUGGUAGUGCCUUUUUCAUCGUUCAGCCAAAGGUCAAUGGCCAUCCUAACAAUUUUGAAAACAACCAGUUUGCCCCUUAUUCUGCCCCUGAGUGUGUAUCACCUUUACAAAGAAUGCAGAAUAUCGCCAAUUCCUUAAUGUCAAGGCCACACAUGGGAAUGGCAGCUGCGAAACCACUCCGGGCAGUUCUGCCGGCUAUUACCCAAGAACAGUUUGACAGUUACGCCACCAUAAACACUGAUGACCUGGUCAAACAGGUCAAAGAAACAUUGAGUCAGUACUCAAUUAGCCAAAGAUUGUUUGGAGAAAGUGUUCUGGGGCUCUCUCAGGGGAGCGUAAGUGAUCUGCUUGCUAGGCCAAAACCUUGGCACAUGCUCACACAAAAGGGGAGAGAACCCUUCAUUAGAAUGCAGAUAUUCUUAGAGGACACAGAAGCGAUUCCAAAACUUGUAGCAUCACAGUACCACAUUCCACCGGAAAAACUGAUGAGAAGUGCCUCAAUCCCAAAGCCAAACGAAAUAGUUUCCCCUAGUGACAAGCCAACCAAUCAUGUUCCUGCAACCAGUUCCACCAUUCACCAAGCUCCCACCGAACACCGCCCUCUCAACCACCAACACAAUCUCCAUCUUCAUCACCAACAUCUACAUCCCGCCCACCAAUUUAUGAAUCAUCAUCCGUACAACUGGGCCUCAUUUUCAUAUCCAUCCUCCAUGUUGGAAGUGGUCGCCAUGACAUCAGAGAUUGACACACUUGAGUUGACAUCAAGAAUCAAAGAUGUGCUGCAGUUUCACAAUUUGGGUCAGAAAUUGUUUGGAGAGGCUGUUCUUGGUCUUUCACAAGGCUCAGUCAGUGAAUUAUUGUCAAAGCCAAAACCGUGGCACAUGCUUAGUAUUAAAGGGAGAGAACCCUUCAUAAAAAUGCAUUUAUGGUUGAGUGACCCUCAUAAUGUAGACAGACUUAAACAUUACCAGAAUGAGGUCAAAGCUCAACGUCGUCGUAGAAGUAGUAUAGACGAAAGAUCAUAUGAUUCAUCUUCCAUGCCAAAACGCCCUCGUGUGUUCUUCACUGAAGAACAGAAAGACAAACUACGUCUUGCUUACAACCAGGAUCCCUACCCCAACCAGGGUACAAUAGAAUCCUUAGCUUCAGAGCUCAAUGUAGGUGUCAAAACGGUUAUAAACUGGUUCCAUAAUCAUCGUAUGAGAGCUAAGCAACAGCAGCAUAUUGGCAGUAUGCAGGUUGGAUCUAAUUAUGGAGAUGGGAAUUCCAGCAAUCCAAAUAUAAAAUCAGAACCCAAUGAUGAUAUUUCAAUGCAUAGUGAUAUUUCUAGCUUAUCUGAUGACACAAAUCAUAUGUCGUCAAGUUUCCAUGGAAACCAGCCAAAUAAUCAGUGGCUUUUUCCACAGUUUGAGCCAGCUGUCAUGCAGAAAAUUGCUCAGGAAAGGUCUCGUGAGCAACAAAAUGGCUGCUCGGAAGAAUCUGGUAGCCAAUCCUCCGACAAAGAAGAAACCAAAGAAGCCCACGAUGAUCUGGAUGAUGAAGAUGCUCCAUCCUAUCCUGUGUUUAAUGAUAUUGAUGAGAAUUCAAAUGAUGCAGAUCAGAAUCCAAGUCUGAUUGAACCUUGUCAGAAUAUAUCCCCUGGUGUCAACAAACGCAAGAGGUCAAAUCCAAAAUACGUUUCCGAAGGGAGAGAACUGGACAAAACUAAAAAUAAUAUGUAUGGUGGCAUGUUAAAAAGUUGUGUUUCCAAAGACGAAGGUGUCGAAAUGGACGAUGAUGAUGUUGAAAAGGAAAACGAGUUGGGAAACUACAAAGCUCAAAAUGGCCAGCAUUUAAACAAAAUUGUGAAACUUCAAAAGGCGAUAGAUUCACCUGUUCAAGACUGGGACGAAUUUGACAAUGUUUCAAGUAUUGAAAAAUUAAAGAAGAAUUUACAACAUAGCCCACAGACAGCUGGGACAUGGGAAUUUUAAGUGCACAUGUACUCGGAGAGUUAAUGUUUUGCCUUCUACAAAUGAUAUUAUUGUGAAAUUGUGACACAAAUUAUAAACACAAUCAUGGAAAACAGUAUUUUAUCCUUAAAGGGUAGCUUCUAUAUUUUUAUAUGAAAAAGUACAUUUUUUAUGUGUUUUUCCGUUUUUUUGUCAAUCAUUGACAUUGUGAGUUACAGUUGUUAAAUUUGUGAAUUUUUAUGGCAUAUAUAUGUUAAAAACUUGUUGAUGUAUUUUUAUUGUGAAUUUUUCUCAUUGUUCAAUUUUAUAUAUUUGAUAUUCAUCAUUUUCAAAAGAUCAUGUGACAUUGGUUGCUUGGCAACAAAUUAGAGUAGAAACAUCAUCUCAACCAAAGAUCUCUAGUUGCCAUGGAAGAAUCAUUUGUUUUUCGUUCACCUUGUUAUUGGCUUUGUUUAUUGAUAGAAUGAAUGAAAUAUUAGCUUAUUUUCCCAAUUAGUUGCAUUUCAGUUGAUAUAGAUAUAGACUAUAGAAAGCAAACAAAAUGGAUGACUGUCCAAAGGACAGUUGUAUUUUAUUUGGAAAUAGCUAGAUGUGAAGUUUGAAUGACCACCCACAAUCCAUUGCAACUUUAACCUUGAUUACCUGUGACCUUUGUUUACACAAUGUUAACACAAUGUGUCUCUUGGCUUCUGGAGUCUGUAAGAAUAAAGAACAGAUCUCUAUAGUAAAAAAAAUCAAAAAGGCUGACAGGUUUUGGUAUACUAAAAACCGUGGAUGGUGGCACAGGAUAUUUUCAGUUGAAGUUGCCGACAGCUUUUCUGGAUUAAAAAACAAGUGCUAAAUGGACUGACAGUUAUUUGUAUGGUUCACAGCGAGAUGUAUAUAGAAUUAUUAUGUGUACAAAAGUGCUUGCUUCUCUAUAUUAUCAAGACGCAUUACUCCAUAUUUUUAUAUACCUUUAUAUAUACUGUUUUCUGUUAAAUCAAAUAUUUCUAAUCCAAAAAUUUUAAUCUAAGUUGUUAAUUAUGGCAUCGCCGAUAUGAUCUGAGCUUGAUGCCGAGUACUGAUAAAUAUAGGUUUGGCAACCUCUACUAACCCGCCAACCGGAGGAUGUAAUAAAGAUAUGUGAGAGAACUUUUUUAAGACAUUAUCAUAAAUAUAGUCAAGUUUUACUAUCAAAACUCAAAGAAAGAAUAUUUAUAUUGUGAAUUAAUUCAAUUAUUUAGAAAAUAGAAGGACU